AUGUACUGGGGAGACCUCGCAGAUAAGUUGGCGGAGCAUUCCAUUGUGAUUAUUUUCCUUGCUCUCGUGGUUGUUUUGCUGUUUUUAAGACACACCAGACCGUCAGUCAAGAGAAAACCACCCGGUCCUUGGAGUCUACCGGUGAUUGGCAAUAUAUUUCUCUUCGGAUCAGCUCCUCACAAGAACGUCACAAGGCUCGCUAAACAGUACGGAAGAGUCUUCGCUAUGAAACUUGGUAGCAGAGAGGUCGUGAUUCUCAAUGACAUCAAGACAGUUAAGGAGGCUCUUCUCAAGAAUGGCACCGACUUCUCAUCUCGCCCUCCAUUGCACAGUUUUAUAUCGUCCAGCCGAGGUGAUAGAACAGUUGCAUGGCCCGUGUUUGGUCCAAAGUACGCCAACAACAAGCGAGCGACGGAAUUGGCCAUGCGAGCUAUCCUUGAAAAUGACAAGUACCUCUCCAAAAUAGUCCUUAGAGAGACGCACGUGUUAAUCGAGAGUCUCCUAAACUCGGACGAGGGCCGGUUCGAUCCUUCUUACCUGUUAAAAUUCUUUGCCUGUAGUUUGCAGUUUUGUUUGUUUUUCGGGGACAAGUUACGCGACGCUUACGUCAAGAAGGCUCAAUUCAUGAUGGACGGUUCAACAGAUUUUAUAGAAAAUAGUGCCGUGGGUAACAGCGUAGAUUUCAUGCCGUGGAUGAAAGUGGUGUUCAAGAAACAAGUGGAAAAACUUGACGCAUCCAUCGCAGAACUUACCACAUUUGUCAAGAAAAUUUUUUUCCUCCUGAAGAGUGAUUCCAGCCUGAACAACUUAGACGAGUCACUUUCCAGGAUGCCCACUACCUUCGUCGAGGCAUUGACGAAAGUAGUGAAAGACAGAGAUGCAUUCGAUUUUGGAAACGAACGUUUCAGUAAAGACUCCUUGGAGGGAAUUUCAAGACACUUUGACGAUGAAACUUUGAUUAAUAUAACAGCUGACUGUUUCGGCGGGGGAUACGAAAAAUUAUCCACCGCCCUCCGUUGGGCUGUGGCUUACCUCGUGUCCCAUCCCGACGUGCAAACGGAAUUGCAGGAUGAGCUUAGACGCGUGAAAGGUUCUGCGCCCUUGACGCUCCACGACAGAAACAGCUUUCCACUUUUAGAGGCAACAGUUCUUGAGAUCUUGCGGAUGAGCAGCUUUCUUCCAUUCGCUUUGCCCCACUGCACAACCCAGGAUACCAGUGUGGCUGGAUACCCAUUACCAAAGGGAACCAUUGUCUUUAUUAACCUGUGGGCCUGUUCCCGUGAUCCACAGUACUUUGAAGACCCCAACACAUUCAAUCCAUACCGUUUCUUGGAUGAAACGAAACAGAACAUUGUACGAUCACCGUGUUUCUUGGCGUUUUCAGCAGGGGAUAGAAAAUGCCCCGGAGAAAGCUAUGCUAAGUCAGUUAUGUUCCUGGUGUUGGGCACCAUAUUGCAAAAUCUUAAACUUCGCAAUGGAACCGAAGAUCCCAUCGAAGACAAGUUCGGGCUGACUAUUCGUCCAAAGGCGUACAAGAUUCGCGUUGAAGCGAUUCAGUGA